UUUGCAUUGCAGUGUAGGUGGAGAUAUGGGUCCCUUUCCCGUGUGCAUUGAAUUACUGGGGCGCUCCCUCCCGUGCUGGUCCUAUUAUUUACCUGCUGUGUGUUGUGGCUGCUUGCUUGGUGCUGAGAGGAUAGAGGAGAGAAUACUAGGGAUUCUUGUAUUCAUUUGCGGGCUGUGAGCUGAGUUGGUGUACCUCCGAAGAAGUUCUCCAGUGAGCUGUGGUGGCUGUUCUUGCCUCCUGGGUUUGCUGCAUUCUGAGCUGUAGUUCGGAUUUGCUUCAAGUUCGGCACUCUCAACCUGCUAAAGCCCCGUUUCCUUCUUGAAGUUCGCCGUGGUUUUGUUCUGCCUACUGCGUUUCUGGCAAAUUGGGAUUUGGGAACUUUGGAGCGCAUGGGUUCUCUCCAAGGAAGCAUUGCGCAACUACAUUGCUCCACCUUGGGCCUUUCUGAGCAUUACUAGCUGUGCCGAAAUUCUGACCAUGUCGGUUUGGAAGUGAUAAAGUUUACCAAAAUACCUAUCCAAUUGAGGAAGGAUAAUACUAGCUGAGCUCCAAUGGCUUGGCACCUUAGUAUCCUUGUCAUGGCGACAACCUGUUUGAUGUUAUUCCCAGUAAGCAAGCAGUCUUCAAAGAUUGAGCUGCUGCAGCAGCUCAGGAAGCAGCUAGAGUAUCCCAGGCAGUUAGAUGCAUGGGGUAGCCCAAGCAGUGACCCGUGCUACACUCAGCCCACUGCGGUGCUUGCGGUCACCUGUGAGGGAAAUGCCAUCACAGAGCUUAAGAUCAUUGGCGAUAGGAUCACCAAGCCACCAAAAUUCAGUGGCUAUUCUGUUCCCAAUGUCACCCUCUCAGAAUCCUUCAUUCUUGAUUCGUUUGUUACUACAUUGGCAAGGCUAACUACCCUGAGAGUUGUUAUUCUGGUGUCUUUGGGCAUAUGGGGCCCUCUCCCGGAUAAGCUUCACCGCUUAUCUUCGCUUGAAGUACUUGAUUUGAGCUCCAAUUUUCUGUAUGGUUUGAUCCCUCCCAAGCUAUCAGUCAUGUCGAAGCUACAUACUGUGACACUGGAUGGUAAUUACUUCAACGGAAGUGUGCCAGAUUGGCUUGACUCAUUCUCGAACCUUACUGUUCUUCGGUUGCAGAGUAACCGGCUGAUGGGGUCCAUACCAGCAUCAAUUGCCAAAGCUACCAUGCUUACAGAGCUCGCGCUUGCUGGCAAUAGCAUAUCGGGUGAUGUUCCAAAUUUAGGCAACCUAAGUAAACUUGAGAUGCUGGAUUUUAGGGACAAUGAGUUGGAUGGAGAGCUUCCUGAGAUGCCUACAGCAGUAGUAACAAUCUUACUUAGCAAAAAUUCACUUAAAGGUGAAAUUCCUGAGCAGUUUGGUCAGUUGAACCAGCUUCAGCACAUUGAUCUCUCGUUCAACUUUCUUGUGGGGAGUCCUCCUGUAAAAUUGUUUGCUCUCCCUAACAUCAGUUACUUGAACUUGGCCGCAAAUAUGCUCAGUGGAUCACUCUCGAGUAGUUUAACAUGCAGCAGCACCCUAGGCUUUGUGGAUUUGUCCACUAACCGACUCACAGGUGAUCUUCCUAGUUGUCUAAAUGGUAAUUUGAAUAACAAGGUUGUUAAGUUUGAGGGUAAUUGCUUUAAAGUUGACCCUGCCCACCAGCAUGAAGGUAAAUAUUGCCAACAAUCUCAUAAGUGGAGAGGAUCAAGCAAGGAUGUUGGAUUUGUAGUCACUGUUGUCUGCAUAUUGUUUAUUGUGCUUGUGGUUUUUCUGGUGUUAAUGGUUUCCAAUAAAAGAAGCUGUCAGGAAGUUCUGUCAAAACAACUGUUCCUGCAAAAGCAUACCCAAGAUAAUUCGACUACAGGAAUGUCCUCAGAACUGCUGGUGAAUGCAAGGUGUGUACCGCAAGCUGUCAAGUUAGGAACACAUAUACAGCCAUCGCAUCGCAUGUUUUCUUUAGAAGAACUAAAGGAAGCAACCAAAAUAUUUGAACGGUCAGCAUUUCUAGGCGAGGGAGCAAUUGGAAAGCUUUACAAGGGAAAACUAGAGAAUGGGACCCUGAUUGCCAUAAGAUGCUUGGCAUUGCACCAGCGAUAUUCAAUUAGGAAUCUAAAGCUCCGUUUAGAUCUCCUUGGAAAGCUUCGCCAUCCUAAUCUUGUUUGCCUGUUGGGGCACUGCAUUGACAGCACAAUUGAUGAAUCAAGUGUGAAGAGGGUUUUCCUUGUAUAUGAAUAUAUGCCUGGUGGAACUCUGGCUUCUUAUCUUUAUGCCUCUAGUCCAGAGAAGACUCUAAAGUGGUGUCAUAGGCUGCAGGUGCUAAUUGCCAUAGCUAAGGCUGUUCAUUUCCUACAUACAGGAAUAGUUCCUGGUUCCUUGUAUAAUCGGCUAAAGACUUCUAGUAUUUUGCUUGACGAACACCUUUCGGCAAAGUUGAGCGACUAUGGAUUAUCCAUAAUUACAGAGGAGAUAUACAAACAUGAGGUAAUAGGAGAAGGGAAAAGAUACUUGCAAAAUAAUGCUGCAGAAACGGAAAAUUCGGAGGAUGAUGUAUACUCUUUUGGUUGUAUUAUACUCGAAGUCCUUAUGGGCUCAAAAUUGCAUGAAAAGGGUGAUCCUUCUGUUUUGAAAGAUCUGAUUGUGUCAAUAUCAAGCCUGGAAGAGUGCUGUGAAGUUUUGGAUCCAGUCGUUAUUGGCACUUCUUCACAGGAUUCCUUAUCUGCGGUGGUUUCAAUAAUGAUAAAAUGCAUGUCCGUCGAGUGCUCAACCCGUCCUUCCAUGGAAGAGGUUCUCUGGAACCUGCAAUAUGCUGCCCAAGUCCAGGUGACAGCUGAUGGCGACUAGUAAUUAGAAGUUCCCUCACAAGCUUGCUAGCAUGGAAACAGCUCGAAAUUGUAAUCCAGGGUGGAUCAAAGAUGAUAGGGAACAAAAACCAUCGGUUCAUGUUUAUAUGAUCUUGAUGUGAAUUGUGGGGAUCGAUGAUUGGACUCGGCUAACUGUUGGCCAUCCUGCAUUUGAUCUCUCCAUCGCUGCUAGUCUUUGCUUCCAAAUGGUUAAAUAA